AAAAUAUAUUCAGUAUAUUCUAAACAGGCGUGCGCGACGUGGUCACGUCUGCCUCCGUGAGCGCGCCGCCGCCGCCGCCGCCGUCGUCGAUCACGUCUCUCGAUAUAUCUCGAACGACAUUGCGCGCCUCCGGACGCACGAACUCGAAAGGCCAAGUGCGCGCACCGACACAAGCGCGGCGGAGCGUUCUUCCUUUUUUCCCCCCGUCUCGAGAAAGACUGCUCGCGUUCUCUUCCCUCGGGUGUCGAUCGCGACUCGCCGUUUCCGCGCGUGUCCCCUCCCGAGUCUCGCGAGACGGGAAAAAACGUUGACGCGGCGCAAGUGAGGGCUUUGUGCCUGCUCGAUCGGAUCCUGAGCAGGAACAUACUGGGGGAGGAAGAAGAGGAGAAGCAAGAGGAGAGGUUGAGGACGAUCUCUCUACCUCGAGAGAGACUGCAACUGUUGCGGCGUGCGCGCGCGCGCGCGCGCGCCACGUCCUCCGCGGGUCGGAGUGCUCCGUUUUUCGCGCCACGCAGAGAUGUGACUCCGGAACGCGGUCGCGUGUUUUCUCGCCAACAGAUACGAGAAAAAAGAGAAUCGGUGCGAGUGAUACCGCCGCCGCCGUCGCGCGCGAGAGAGACACAUCACUCCGGAGAGAAAGGGAUCGAACAAGUCGCGAGUUUGUGUUUUUGUUUAUCCGGAGCGGACUGCACCGGUAACUGCACGCUGCACUGGACUGGUGCGCGAGAGGAAGUGCGAGUGGACGCCUCGGAAGGACGAUUCGUCGCUGGAGGCGUUCGAGAAAGAUCGUCGAGUCGUUCGGGAAGAGACAGAGAGAGAGAGAGAGAGAGAGAGAGAGACAGAGAGACAGAGAGAGAGAGAGAGAGAGAGAGAGAGAGAGGGAGAGAGGGCGAGAGACGUGUAACCUUCGUUCUUACGAGAGGCGAGUAGAUUCGUGACUGCAAGUGAGCAUCGCUCGGGUUUGUACACGCGAGGAUUACACUCAAGUUUCUUCGGCCAGAAGAGAGGAGGACGAAAGGCCUUCGGAGGAGAGACGCGCGUCGGAUGCUGAAGAAACAAGAAGACGGGGACAAACGUAAGAAUGGACCAUGAGGAAACGCGCUGCCGGCUGGUAGCAGACGAGCGGUCGGGCACGCUUGCACCACGUCGCUGGUCCUCGUCGACGCGUUCCCGGUGUCACGUCCAGUCCCGAAGCCGGCAGGUGUCGCGAGCGGCAGGUACGAGCUCGACAGGUGCGAUAAUCGGGGGUGGCCCGGUCGCUGCCGCCGGGCCGGCGAUGCGACGAUGAGCUCGCCGAGGGUGCCGCUACCCCUCCACACCCGACCAAAGCCCCGCGUAGUAGCAAGGCCGGGUCGUCUCAGGAACCGCCGCGGCGAGGCCGAGCGACGAGGAGGCGCGACAGGAGGCGCUUCAAGGCCGAGACUACCCGCGUGGCCAUGGACCACGAGGCGAGGAACGGAACCGGCAGCAACGACCACGGCGAGGAGUUCACCAAUAUUUACUUCAUCGUCGGCGACCGCAUGGAGACGGCCGCUUACAAGGCGAACCAGGUCACGGACAUGGAGCUCAAAGAACUCUUCAGAAACGCGGCGGAGGCUGGCCCUCUGGACAUCGUGAAGCUUCGCAAGGGAGAUAAGCUGUUCAACAUCUCGUCUCAUCUACCGCCGAACACGCCCGACACGCCUUACGUUCUUCAGAUCGUCGGCGCACACCCCGCUUCCUCGAGGGUGAUCGAGGCGGAGGUGCUCUGGACCCUAGAGAGGCGCGUGGCGGCUCUGGAGCGGCAGCUGCGGGAGUACGAGGAGGCCUCCUGCGCCGCGCCGUCGCUCGCCCUGCGAGAGCUGAAACGCCAAGUGGACAGUUUCAAGAACAAAUUCGAGAACAACGACCAGCUGAGCUGGCUCAGUUUCUACAAGCAGCUUCUGGAGCCCAUCUACACGGAUUCCUGCCGCAGAUUGCAGUACCGCCGGAAGAGCGACAGCAUGAAGCGGAAGAUUCGGGAGAAGUUUCUCAAUAUCUGCGACGUGACGAUCUCGUCGAGCGUUCGCGAGUGGCUGCGCUCGCCGGCUUUCGACGCGCGACAAUGGGAGGACGAGGAGCUGCUGCUGAUGCUGCAGACGAUGUUCGUCGAGUUAGAUCUACCUGAAAAGUUCAACAUUCCUUUGCCGAUUCUGAGGAACUUCCUGUACGAGGUCUACAACAACUACAACGAGGUGCCGUUUCACAAUUUCAGGCACUGCUUCUGCGUCGCGCAAAUGAUGUACGCGAUAGCCUGGGCGGUGGACCUGCCGUCGAAAAUCGGCGACCUCGAGGUCCUCAUACUGAUCGUCUCCUGUAUCUGCCACGAUCUCGACCAUCCGGGCUACAACAACAUCUAUCAGAUAAACGCGCGGACCGAGCUGGCGCUGCGCUACAACGACAUCUCGCCCUUGGAGAAUCACCACUGCUCCGUGGCAUUCCGGGUGCUGGAGGCGCCCGAGUGCAACAUCCUUGCGUCUUUGGACAAUCCUACGUACAGAAUAGUGCGCGAAGGGAUCAUCAGGUGCAUCCUGGCCACCGACAUGGCUCGGCAUAACGAUAUUCUCACCCAGUUCACCGACGUCGUACCGGAAUUCGAUUACACCAGCAAGGCGCACAUCAAUCUGCUGUCCAUGAUCCUGAUCAAGGUAGCUGACAUAAGUAACGAGGCUCGCCCGAUGGAAGUGGCGGAACCGUGGCUGGACAGGCUGCUGCAGGAGUUCUUCAAGCAGAGCGAUGCUGAGAAACUCGAGGGUCUUCCAGUCACGCCGUUCAUGGACCGUGACAAAGUGACCAAACCGUCGUCCCAGGUUAGCUUCAUCGGCCUAGUUCUCCUCCCCCUCUUCGAAGUUCUCGGCGAACUGCUACCCGAGCUGCAGGAUCUCAUAGUUCAACCGGUGAGGGAAGCCCUGGAGUACUAUCGCAGGUUGAACGAAGCGGCCAAGGACGAGCGCCAUCAUCGUAAGAGCGUCGUGGAUGUCGGCGAGUCGGCUCCGUCCACCAUGCAGGGUGGCAUCAUCGGCUCGACCGCCGUCAUCAAGUCCACGUCGUCGCACAGCAUGCGCUCGAAGAGGUCCGCCGGGACGAUUCACUCGCGCUCGCGCUCCACCGACGAGGACAUCACGGAGAACCUGACGAUGGAGGAGGGCGACAACAUCGAGAGUUCCGAUCCCGAGACCGCCACGGAGGUGGAGAUCAGCGAGAAGACGCUCAAGUUUAAGAUCUCCACGGAGGGCACGCUGACGGGGCCGACCAGCGGUCGGAAGAGUUACCCGGGCAGUCGGAAGGGCAGUCGGGAGAAAUCUUCGUUGGAUUAUCACAACCACGAUCUAGCUAAGGCCGUUCGCGAUCACGAGCGCGAGAGGAGACGCAGCAAGGGCGAGAAUCUCGGCAGCGAUCUGAGCUCGCCGGUCAGCGCGAGGUCGGCCGAGGGCACACGAAUCGUCGAGGAGAUGGAGAAAGAGAUGGAGAAGGCUUUUUUAGACGUCAAGGUGGAAGACAGAGUGCCUGAGGGAAACGGCAACGUCGUCGCGGUGGAGACACACUCGCAGCCGCGGAACAACCUGAGGAAGACCAGCGGCGUCAUCGAGAACGACCAAGAGAAGCGACCCAGUCGCAGGGACACGCAGAGCAGCCGCGAGUCGAUCGGCCUGCGAUGCUGCUGCGACGACAAGGCCGGCCCGAACAACCACAAGUCACUGUUCUCGCGGCUGAGGAACUUCACGGACCGUCUGAGCAUCAGCUUCGACUCCAAGGACUCGCCGAGCCCGAAACCGAAGCACGCGCCGAAAAUGCUCAACAAGAGCAACUCGGUGAGCAGCGGCUCGGCCACGACCACCUCGUCGAGGCACCACAACUCGUUGUUCAUCUGCAAACGCUGCAACCUCGCCAAGUCCACGGUGAAGGACGGCAGCAAGGCAGCGGCGAUCGCGACUGUAGUGGAGCUCUCGUCUGUGGACAAGCGGGCGAUGACGUUGCCGAAGGUGCGCAAGUCCACGGACUGCAAGCACAGGAGCUGGCGAACGGUGUUCGCCAAGGAGAAGAGGUCCUCCACUUCUCUGGAGGUUCUGCCGGCGGCUGGUUCCGACGGCUCGUUCUCCAAGCAUCGCAGGAACCUGUCGAAUCCCGAGGGCAAGUCGCAGAGCAUGAAAGAGGUCAAGUCGCGACGGUGCCUGGACAUUGAGUUCCAGGAGAUCAACGUACGCCCCAAGCCUGAGAUCAUAGUCAAUCCCGACGACAGCUGCUGCGACGUCGAGGAGGAUCUCGGUAAGGUGGAGAUCCGCCGGAGCUCCGCCAGCAUGGAGGAUAUCUCCAAGAUGGCGAAGCAGGCAGAGGCGAUCAUGAAGGCGGAGGAACGCCCUCAUACCGGCAGUCUAGAUUCGAUGCUCUGCAAAGACGUCUGCAAGUCGCGCAAGAAACCUACCUUCUGCUCGCCCGGCUCGAGCAAAAAGUCGUCGCCCGGCCUGUUCUCGCGGUUCAAGUCCGGCAUGAGCAUCGACAGUACUCGCAGCAACAGCAACAGCGACUCCCUGCACGACCACGGCUCGCAGAGCGGCUGGAUAUCCUCGUUGACGGCCAGCUUCCGACCGAAGAGGCAUCCGAACGAGACGCAUCCGUUGUCGCCGCACCCACCAAGGUCGCCCAGCAGGGAGGAGAUCAAGUGAUACGUUCUGGUGGUCGAGGAUUCCUCCGAGAAGAAGCUCGGCCUCCGCAGCUGGUGGCCCGACAACUUGUUCUGCUGCAACAGCUAAGACUCGAGCGGACGGUUCGAUCGCAGAGCAGAGAGCAGAGAGAGAAGGAGCACCAAUUUUGGACCUGGAAAGACUCGUUAUCGCGUUAGAGUUUAUCAUAAAAAUGAAAGGGAAAGAGAGACUGCUGAAAUUAGAAAAAUUAGUUUUUGAGAAAAAGGAACAAAUUUCGAGCAAGGGGUGUUUAACAACCUUUUAUCAAUCGGAUUUCGAUCGUCGUUCAGCGACAUCGUCGAGGACAUUCGAUGAUAAUCGCGUGUAUUUCGCGAGACGAGAAAGAUAUAUGCUAAAAAUCUUCGCGACGAUCGUGUAAUAUACGAGAGAGUAAAAUCUUCCUCAUGUGUAAUUAAAGAAGGCAGUCAAUUCGACGGAACAUAUUUGCUCGAGCCCAACCAAUUAUCGAGAGGACGUUUUAGGUAUCUAAUAUGUAGUUUCCGUUAAUCGAGUUCUUCUUUCGGAGGGAUCCUCAUAGGACCAUAAUUUUUCCCGUCGUUGACUUCGAGUGUUUUGCGUCGUGACGUUCGAAGUUCCGCGAGAUUGGGAUUGCGCUUAUUUUUGCGAGGGACAUUCACGGCCUGUGCGGAGCACGUGCGGACGCACGGUCUAUACACAUAGACUAUUUUAUUUAUUGUCCAUUUGGAGAGUAGAGCCUAACGAGAGAGUUAAUCAUUAAUGUUGUUCGUUAUUAUGCAUAUAUAAUUAUACGCAAGUGCGAAUGUAUACUACAGAGACGUAAGGAUACAACACAUCUCCAUCGAUACACGCGCAUCUGUAUGUGUAUGUGUGUGUGUGUGUGUGUGUGUGUGUGGCAGAGAGAAAAUCUAUAGCGUGUAUACAUACAUGAGAGUGAGUGGACAUAAGUUUCAAGUAGGUAGGUAGGGAAAAAAGAAGAGGAGACACACGCGAGUAGAUAUGUAAGCGUGGCUCUGUCGUAUCGAUGUACGAUAAAGUUUCAGGUACCGCGUAACCACUGAGGAUAUGAGACAAGAGAAUGUUGCCACAUUAUUUUUAGAAUUUUCUGAAGAUAAUCCCGUCCUCUUUUGGAUAAUAUUCUCAGAACUUGCGAAGAGAUAUCCUGUGUUCUCCGAGAGUACGCGUGGAUUAUUAUCCUCCGAGGUAUGCUCGUUUGUGUCGGCUAGAGAGGGCCUUUCGAGAACUCUCGGAUUUUCACACUCUACCGAGGGUUAUAUUCUCAUUUCUCGUAGCGUUAGUAGUUAUCACGGUGAAAAGAGAAAAUAGGGGAGAUUCGUCGGAAUAAUCGUGCUUCAUUACUACCGCACUGUCUGUCGAGGGGCAAUUCACGUGGCAGAAAAAUCUCCCGUCGAUUCGUCGACAAUCCGUUCGGAGAAUGCUGGGAAAAUUGCUUCGCGGAUUAUCCGUUGUUUGUUUACGUCGCGCUACUAAAAUGCAAUUGAACUCGGGGAAACGAUUUGCGACGGGCGUUUAAACGCUGAAUUAAAAACUCGAUUUGCCGCCGUCGCUUCGUCGAGACGAGAAGGUAACUCGAUAAGACGGGCUUUUGUUUCGAUUCUAUUGCGAGUUGACAACAUGCGGCCGUAUCGAUUAGCGCUUAUUAUGAUUCGGUCAAUUAUCUCCUCCCAUUUAAUUCGUUAUAAGUCACAAUGGCUUUGAAAGUGACGGAGAACUUUUAACGUAGAAUUAGUCGCGUCUGUAAUUAUGAUUUGGAUAAAAUGUGGGAAGUUUUGUAAAAUUCGCGCGAAAAUUCGCUCGAAUGAAUUGGUAAGUCUCUCGCGAGCCGCUCUCUCAGCGUAUCUCCGAACACAAAAGAAAACGCAAUCUUGGUAAGAGGAGGAACAUAGCCUAACGGUUCCCUUUUCGCGGCCGACUGUCUCUCCUGUCGAUUAUUAUUUCGUUCGAAAGCUUAGGCGUGCGUGACUCUUGAGUGAUUCUCGCACAGACACGUGAAUAAGCCAUACGCGUGAAAAACGCGUGAUUACUUCUGUACGACGUCCCGCUUUUCAUUUUUAGAUGUUUAUAUUUUUAUACUCCGUCAACCGCGUCUGUACGGCGAUUAAAAACCGCAUGUAUUGUUGAACUCUAGUCUUAUGUUAUUGUCUUCAGUCCCGAAGGUAUGCUUUCGGGCGCACUUCAUUUUUUGCGACGAUCUUCGCGCGAGGAAAAGCUCGAUCACGCGGACGAACGAGCGAGCGAGCGAGCGAGCGAGCGAGCGAGCGAGCGAGCGAUAUGUGUCAAAUACUUGACUGAUUAUUUGACCAAUUCCCGUACAAUUACUUUUCUAAUACCUAUCUAUCCUUUUCUCUCUUUAUCGUGCCGUAAAGUCAGGACUCGCCGGUGAAAUGUCACGGGGAUUCUAAAGAGCAUGACCGGGAAGAACAAAGUCUGCGUAGAGUCACUGUGUAAAAUAGGCAAAUAAAUAUUAUGUCUCAAAUUUGUUACUCGGUGAGUCCUGCUGUUAGGACGCUAAUAAGGGAUGACUGUAUCAAACAGCGCGAGUCUCUUGUGAAAAAUUAAGAAUAAAAUUGGUACGCCCGUCUUCUUA